AUGAGGGUGGAGGGAAUCUCUAGGGUGAGGGCAGGGGAAGGUCGGGCUGAGGUGGGUGAGAGUGGGGGGAGCCUGGUGAGGGUGGAGGGAUGUGGCCUCAUCAUCAUCAGCCUCAUCAUCAUCAGCCUCAUCAUCAUCAGCCUCGUCAUCAUCAGCCUCAUCAUCAUCAGCCUCAUCAUCAUUAUCAGCCUCAUCAUCAUCAUCAGCCUCAUCAUCAUCAGCCUCAUCAUCAUCAGCCUCGUCAUCAUCAGCCUCGUCAUCAUCAGCCUCAUCAUCAUCAGCCUCAUCAUCAUCAGCCUCAUCAUCAUUAUCAGCCUCAUCAUCAUCAUCAGCCUCGUCAUCAUCAGCCUCAUCAUCAUCAGCCUCAUCAUCAUCAUCAGCCUCAUCAUCAACAUCAUCAACAUCAUCGGCCUCAUCAUCAGCCUCAUCAUCGGCCUCAUCAUCAUCAUCAUCAGCCUCAACAUCAUCAUCAGCAUCAUCAGCCUCAUCAUCAACAUCAUCAUCAGCCUCAUCAUCAUCAUCAGCCUCAUCAUCAUCAUCAGCCUCAUCAUCAUCAUCAUCAUCAUCAGCCUCAUCAUCAUCAUCAGCCUCAUCAUCAUCAUAAUCAUCAGCCUCAUAAUCAUUAUCAGCCUCAUCAUCAUCAUCAGCCUCAUCAUCAUCAUCAUCAUUAUCAGCCUCAUCAUCAGCCUCAUCAUCAACAUCAUCAUCAGCCUCAUCAUCGGCCUCAUCAUCAUCAUCAUCAGCCUCGUCAUCAGCCUCAUCAUCAUCAUCAGCCUCAUCAUCAUCAGCCUCAUCAUCAGCCUCAUCAUCAUCAGCCUCAUCAUCAUCAGCCUCGUCAUCAUCAGCCUCAUCAUCAUCAGCCUCAUCAUCAUCAUCAUCAUCAGCCUCAUCAUCAUCAUCAGCCUCAUCAUCAUUAUCAGCCUCAUCAUCAGCCUCAUCAUCAUCAUCAUCAGCCUCAUCAUCAGCCUCAUCAUCAGCCUCAUCAUCAUCAUCAUCAGCCUCAUCAUCAUCCUCAUCAGCAUCAUCAUCAUCAUCAUCAUCCUCAUCAGAAUCAUCAUCAUCCUCAUCAUCAUCAUCAGCCUCAUCAUCAACAUCAUCAUCAGCCUCGUCAUCCUCAUCAUCAUCAGCCUCAUCAUCAUCAUCAGCCUCAUCAUCAUCAUCAUCAGCCUCGUCAUCAUCAUCAGCCUCAUCAUCAUCAUCAGCCUCAUCAUCAACAUCAUCAUCAUCAGCCUCAUCAUCAGCAUCAUCAUCAUCAUCAUCAUCAGCCUCAUCAUCAACAUAAUCAUCAGCCUCAUCAUCAUCAUCAGCCUCAUCAUCAUCAUCAUCAGCCUCAUCAUCAGGCUCAUCAUCAUCAUCAGCCUCAUCAUCAUCAUCAUCAGCCUAAUCCUCAUCAGCCUCAUCAUCAUCAUCAGCCUCAUCAUCAACAUCAUCAUCAGCCUCAUUAUCAUAAUCUGCCUCAUCAUCAUCAUCAGCCUCAUCAUCAUCAGCCUCAUCAUCAUCAUCAUCAACAUCAUCAUCAUCAGCCUUAUCAUCAUCAUCAUUAGCCUCAUCAUCAUCAGCCUCAUCAUCAUCAUCAACAUCAUCAGCCUCAUCAUCAUCAGCCUCAUCAUCAUCAGCCUAAUCAUCAACAUCAUCAUCAGCCUCAUCAUCCUCAUCGUCAUCAUCAUCAGCAGCAGCCUCAUCAUCAUCAUCAUCAGCCUCAUCAUCAACAUCAUCAUCAUCCUCAUCAUCAUCAUCAUCAGCAGCAGCCUCAUCAUCAUCAUCAUCAGCCUCAUCAUCAACAUCAUCAUCAGCCUCAUUAUCCUCAUCAGCCUCAUCAUCAUCAGCCUCAUCAUCAACAUCAUCAUCAGCCUCAUUAUCAUCAUCAGCCUCAUCAUCAUCAUCCGCCUCAUCAUCAACAUCAUCAUCAUCAGCCUCAUCCUCAUCAUCAAUAUCGUCAUCAGCCUCAUCAUCAACAUCAUCAUCAGCCUCAUCAUCAACAUCAUCAUCAUCAGCCUCAUCAUCAACAUCAUCAUCAGCCUCAUCAUCAUCAUCAUCAGCCUCAUCAUCAUCAGCCUCAUCAUCAUAAUCAUCAUCAUCCUCAUAAUCAUCAGCCUCAUCUUCAUCAUCAUCAGCCUCAUUAUCCUCAUCAGCCUCAUCAUCAUCAUCAUCAGCCUCAUCAUCAUCAUCAUCAUCAUCCUCAUCAUCAUCAGCCUCAUCAUCAACAUCAUCAUCAUCAGCCUCAUCAUCAUCAGCCUCAUCCUCAUCAUCAACAUCAUCUUCAGCCUCAUCAUCAACAUCAUCAUCAUCAUCAACAUCAUCAUCAUCAGCCUCAUCAUCAUCAGCCUCAUCAUCAUCAUCAGCUUCAUCCUCAUGAUCAUCAGCCUCAUCAUCAACAUCAUCAUCAGCCUCAUCCUCAUCUUCAUCAGCCUCAUCAUCAUAAUCAUCAUCAUCUCAUAA